UUCUAUUGCAUCUCCCACCUUACGAGAUUUGCGCCGAGUGUUCUGACCAGUUUGCGAGGAGGCAACUUUGUUAUUCUUCUUCGACAUUGCGACACCGAAAAUCGAGGUAUGCGGUAGCGGCACUGGGUUUUGAAGGCGGGCAUUUGCACAAGCCGAGAGCAUCGCAUUCUCAGCAAUCGCAACUUGACGACCACGUUGAUCGAAGACGAACCGAACCCCGUACUCUGACCGAUCUGACGGGCACUCUGCGAUUGCCUGUUCCUUUUAGGACGUUUGAAAUCUAUUUCGACCCUUUUCAAUCCUUUCUAUCACCGCCAUGAUGAACGGGUGGGACGAGAAGCACCAUCUUGACGAUGAUUCCUUUGGGGCAAAGGGGAACAUUGUCAGCGCAUUUGACGCCUUUCCUAAGGCGAAACCGCAAUAUGUCACGCGAACUUCGGGAGGCGGCAAGUGGACUGUUGCCAUGACAGUCAUAUCAGUCUUUCUCUUCUGGACCGAAGUCGGCCGCUGGUGGCGCGGCUCUGAGACCCAUACUUUCGCCGUCGAGAAGGGCAUCGGACACGAGAUGCAAAUCAACUUGGACAUUGUCGUGCGCAUGCACUGUGAUGAUCUCCACAUCAACGUACAGGAUGCAGCGGGUGAUCGCAUCCUCGCGGGCAGCAUGCUCAAGCGCGACAAGACGAACUGGUCGCAGUGGGUUGACAGCAAGGGGAUUCAUCGUCUGGGAAGAGAUAGCAAAGGCAAAAUCGUAACGGGCGCCGGAUGGCAGGAGGAGGAGGGCUUCGGCGAGGAGCAUGUUCACGACAUUGUCUCUCUCGGAAAGAAGAAGGCCAAGUGGGGGAAAACUCCGAGACUCUGGGGCGACGGCGACAGUUGCCGCGUCUACGGCAGUUUGGACGUGAACAGAGUGCAGGGCGAUUUCCACAUUACGGCCAGAGGCCAUGGAUACAUGGAGUUCGGGGAGCAUCUCGAUCAUGCUGCCUUCAACUUCUCCCACAUCGUCUCGGAGCUGUCCUUCGGACCUUUUUACCCCUCGUUGGUUAACCCCCUGGACCGCACUGUCAAUCUUGCCAGGAUCAACUUCCACAAGUUCCAGUACUACUUGUCUAUCGUCCCUACCGUCUACACUGUCGGCAAGUCGGCCUCGUCAUCCAACACGAUUUUCACGAACCAGUACGCCGUCACGGAACAGAGCAAAGAGACCGAUGACCACAACAUCCCUGGCAUUUUCUUCAAGUACGAUAUCGAGCCGAUUUUACUGUCGGUCGAGGAGUCGAGAGACGGGUUCCUGCAGUUCCUCAUGAAGAUUGUAAAUGUUGUUAGUGGUGUUCUCGUUGCCGGUCACUGGGGUUAUACUCUUACUGAGUGGUACAAGGAGGUCAUGGGCCGGCGGAGAAGAGAGAAGAAUGAGGGCUUCAUCGGCUCGAAGAAUUCGGAGUACGACCAGUAGAAGGGUGGGUGGCAUUGACAAAUGCAUCAUUGUGACAUUGGAGUUCACGGGCUGUGUAUAGAUAUGCAUAUGGGAAUGGGGAAAUUGUUUCUUCAAGUCUGUUUUGCCUGGGUAUAUCAGCAAGCAGAAAAGUUGACAUGACAUAUUCCUCG